UCCGGAAGGUUCUCGGUUUGGGGUAUUGGGUUCAGGGUUUCCGUUGCUUCCCAUGGAUGGCGGUUAACUUCUUCCUCAAGGACGGCCUCAAUGUCGCCCCUUCCACUCUCCAGCUCCUUCAGAACUCCGCCAAUCUUCCCAUGGUCGCUAAGCCUCUCUACGGAAUUCUCUCUGAUGCCGUCUAUAUUUCCGGCCAACAUCGCAUCCCUUACAUCGCCAUUGGAGCUUUCCUACAAGCAGUUUCAUGGCUCCCCAUAGCAAUUAUGUCACCAUCAAGUAUUUCAGUUUUCACCAUUAGCAUAUAUCUUCUCCUCAGCAACCUUGGUGCUUCAAUAGCAGAGGUUGCCAAUGACGCCAUUGUUGCAGAGGCAGGAAAGCAGCCUGCAUCUUCCAAGAAGUCUCUAGCAUCCUCCUCGGGUGAGCUCCAGGCAUUUGUCUGGGUAGCAUCCUCUGCUGGUGGGAUUAUUGGAAACCUUCUCGGAGGCAUUGCUAUCGAUAGGUUCUCACCCCAAACAAUGUUCAUGUUCUUUGGCCUUCUCCUUUCGCUGCAAUCUCUUUUAACCAUCAUCGUUCGUGAACCCUCUCUGAAUCUGCCUAAGAGCUCAGCCAAUGCUGGUAUAAAGAUACAGCUAUUGGAACUCUUAGCCGUGCUAAAAAAACCCGAAAUUGCUUAUUCCGUAACAUGGUUUGCUGCAUCUUAUUCCAUAAUACCUGCACUGACUGGCACCAUGUUCUUUUACCAGACAGACCAUUUGAAAAUUGAGUCAUCUGUUUUGGGUAUCUCUAAGGUUUUUGGCCAAGCAGCUCUGCUGUUAUGGGGCGUGAUUUACAAUCGUCGUUUAAAGUCGAUCCCCUCUAGGAAACUUAUUUCAAGUAUCCAGGUUUUAAUGGCGGUAUUUAUGUUCUCGGACGUGCUGUUCGUGAAGGGAAUCUAUUGCGAUAUGGGGUUGCCCGACUAUGUUUAUGUUGUUUUGUUCUCUGGACUUUCAGAGGUUCUGCUUUUCUUCAAGAUGUUGCCAUUCAGUGUUCUGAUAGCUCAGCUCUGCCCGCCAGGAUGUGAGGGCUCUCUGAUGGCGUUCGUAAUGUCUGCCAUCGCCCUCGCAUUCAUAGUGAGCGGAUGUCUCGGUGUGGCGCUUGCAUCUUAUGUUGGUGUCACGGCAAAUGAUUUUUCUGGCCUUCCUCGCGGUCUUCUAAUACAGGCAGUCUGUACUCUUCUGCCAUUGUGCUGUUCAUGGUGCAUCCCCGACGAUGUCAAAGCCAAAGCCAAAGCCAAAACCAAAGGUAAGAGAAAAGACUCGAAAAAGCAGCAGUAGCGCCAUCGACGAAUGGUUAGUGAAUUCAAAUAUUUAUAUAUCGCUCGAUAACAAGUUUGUUUCAAGUUUUUUAUUUUUAAAAAUUAAGCUUCUAAAAC